UUUGUGAACCUGGCUUUUUUGGCGUGGACUGUGCCAGCAACUGCUCCAGAAAAUGUGUGGAUGCCUGUGACCUCUACACGGGCAAGUGCGUAGACUGUGCGCGUGGUUUCGCUGGCACCCACUGCCAAGACUGUGCUCUGCAUUUUUAUGGCAACAACUGCUCCCGCAAGUGUUCGCCACACUGUAUUGAUAUCUGUAACGUCAACACUGGAGAAUGCACCUGCAAAACAGGAUUCUAUGGCUCCAUGUGCAACGAGUGCAGUGCUGGUAGGUUCGGCCCCAACUGUACGAAGCACUGCCCGACGGGAUGUAAGGACCAUCUGUGUCAUGUAGAGACUGGCCAGUGUACUAGCUGCUAUGGGAGACACAUAGGGCCUUUGUGUGAUGAUUGUCCGGACAAAUAUUACGGGUACAUGUGUAAAUAUGAGUGCUCCACCCAGUGUAUGAACGAAUCCUGUGAUUCUUUGACGGGCACUUGCGCUAAAUGUCUCAACAACUUCGAUGGACCUCAGUGUUUGAUUGGUAACAGAUUUCCUCUUCCUCUCAUAUCAUCACGACCACCACGCCACCACAUCAGCAGCAACAAUAUUGUCCGUAUUAUCAACAAUGGUUGCAAGAAAAAUAGUAGCCGAAUUGGAGUACUACAUUCACGUGUAAUUAAAUCUUGUGAGAGAGGCUGGUUUGGGGAGAGGUGCAUGUUUAAGUGCCAGUGCUUGAAAAGCCUGAUCUGUGGUAGACGAGGGGAGUGCCCUAAUAAUGGACUCUGCAGUCCUGGAUAUUUUGGUCCUGGCUGUCAAUACUGUAG